UUAGUUUUUUCAAUUAAAAAAAAAAACCACCAAAAUUCGAGGCCGGAUCCCGGCUUGUGCUCUUUUUAAAAAAAGAUUUUCUCAGCAACCAAACACCCGCAUAGAGAAGCAGAGACCAACAUUUUGAUCAUUGAUUCAGCAGCAGCCGCCAAUGAGUUACAGAAGGGAGCAUCGAAAUUCGAGAACAGCUCUCUUUGAUGAUGGGCUUGAAGAAGGAGGUCUUAGGCCAUCCUCUUCCUUUUCCCACGAAACCGACGACCAUGACAAUGAUAAGGCUGUCCACACAUUGCAAGAUAGAGUUCUUUUCCUCAAGAGCUUAACGGGUGAUAUACAUGAGGAAGUGGAGAGUCAAAACCGUUUGCUUGAUCGAAUGGGCAACAACAUGGACACGUCGAGGGGUAUAAUGUCAGGAACCAUGGAUCGAUUCAGGAUGGUAUUUGAAAAGAAAUCAAGUCGGAGAACAUGUGCCCUUGCAGGGUUUUUCAUCCUCUCCUUUUUAAUUCUGUAUUAUCUCAUUAGGGUCCUUGUAUACUUGAAGCACGGUUGAAGCAGAAUUAUGAGUACCUCACCUUUGAAGUCCUUGAUUGACAAUGGGAUUUUGCAGGGUGCUACAAGUGCAAUGACCGUGUCCUUUCUUAAGUUGGAAGAUAACUCAUGGUUUACCGUAUCCGCUAUGAGAUGGCCUGUGAUUGAACGUAUACUACGUGCUUUACCGUAUUCUGGUGUUUUCAAGUAAUCAUGGAGUGGAAGCAAUUGUUAGAACUUACAGAAAAUGUCAAGGCAUGUUAGCAUGCAGUGUUUUUUAGUGUUGUACAAGGAAAUCUCCAGACGUAGCGGUGGGGAUUUCCACUGCACGAAACCAAAUGUUGAAAUCAUUAUUUUUUUCGCCAUGAUGCAAUACGUUGACCCUCAGAUUUUUACUGA